AUGACUCGUACUCGCCUGAAUGGUUUUAGAUCCGAUGAACUUAAAUUGUAUUGGAAUGCUGAACAACUGGAAAUUCUCUGUCCAAAAGUUGGAUCACAAGAAGACGAAUCUUCACAACCACCACAUGAUCCAUCAGAUGCUGAUGCUGUCGAAGGUCUUCGUCAGCAUCCUGUUUGGCAGCGAAAUCACUCUGGCAAGAUUACUUAUGUCACCAAGGGCAUUGAAAAAACUGUUUUUGACGUACCCAAAGAUGCCCAAAUUAUUCUAUUGAGUUUCGCAGAUGAACAAUCACCUGGAGGUGGCUAUUUGAUACGAGCAUGGACUCAAGAAGAAAUCAUUCUAUACAAUUCAGAUGCUUACCGAUCUUUGCUCGAUCUGAAAUAUGGACGGAUGUGUGGUGGUUAUGCAAUACCAGAAUUCGGUCUAGCUUAUGUGCGCAACAUUUGUUUCUUCAAGCAAGAUACACAAGAGCGACGCCUAGCCGAUAUGAUGGUAGCUACGUGUUACUGCCUUGGUGCAGCCGAACUUUAUGACAAUCCGAAGAAUAAAACAGAAUGGAAAGAAAAGACUUUGACCAAGUUUCGCGCAUUCAUCGCGGCGGCCGUAGCCAAUACAAAGGGUGACGGUUCGAAUACUUAUCUCUUGCUUGGACCAAUAGGCACAGGUGCAUUUGGAAACGAUGUUCAUGAUAUUGCCAAUCUAUUUCGAGAAGUACUUCAAUCGAAGAUGAUGGGUUCCAAAGGACCGAUUCGGCACGCUUUCGGCAAUAUUUGGUUUGUCUCUACUGAUGCUGGGAAAAAUGACAUCUUCAAGGAAACUUUAUCAAAUGACGAAAUAUAA